GCAGUGAGUGACCUGAAGGUGUGGAGCUAGGAUCUACGCCUUCCCAGAUCUCACUGAAGGCUUGCAGUGGAGGCAAGGGUGUCUUGCUGAAGAUUUCUGUGUACCUGAGGCCUUUUGAAGUAAAAUUUAAUAACUGUGCCGGUAACAAGGGAGUUCGGUAUGAAACCAACAGCCUGGACUUCAAGGUGAGAGCAGAUGGGACCAUAUAUGCUGUCCACGAGGUGCAAAUGGCCUCGAAGCAGUUGAUCCUGAUGGUGACCGCCUGGGAUCCGCAGACCCUUGGCAGGUGGGAGGCCCUCAUCAGGUUUCUGGUGGGAGAGAAGCUGCAGCACAAUGGACACAAGCCAAAGGGAAGGAAGAGUGGACCCGUGGACCUGGCACAGCAGCAAAGUGACACCCUGCUCCCCUGGCGCCAACACCAGAGCGCGAAAGGCCUCCGGAGGCAGAAGCGAGACUGGGUCAUCCCCCCCAUCAACGUGCCAGAAAAUUCAAGGGGCCCUUUUCCUCAGCAACUGGUCCGGAUUCGUUCCGAUAAGGACAAAGAGAUCCAUAUCAGGUACAGCAUCACCGGAGUGGGAGCCGACCAGCCGCCAAUGGAAGUCUUCAGCAUUGACCCUGUGUCUGGGAGGAUGUAUGUGACCCGCCCGAUGGACAGAGAGGAAAGAGCUUCCUACCAUCUCCGGGCUCAUGCAGUGGAUAUGAAUGGAAACAAGGUGGAGAAUCCUAUUGACCUUUACAUCUAUGUGAUUGAUAUGAAUGACAACAGGCCGGAGUUUAUAAACCAAGUCUAUAAUGGAUCUGUUGAUGAAGGCUCUAAACCAGGUACCUAUGUGAUGACAGUGACUGCCAAUGAUGCUGAUGACAGCACCACGGCGAACGGGAUGGUGAGAUAUCGAAUCGUGACUCAGACCCCCCAGAGCCCAUCGCAGAACAUGUUCACCAUUAACAGUGAGACAGGAGAUAUCGUCACCGUGGCUGCUGGCCUCGACAGGGAGAAAGUUCAGCAGUAUAUAGUCAUCGUUCAAGCCACAGAUAUGGAAGGAAAUCUUAACUACGGUCUCUCAAACACAGCGACUGCAAUCAUUACGGUGACAGAUGUGAAUGACAACCCCCCUGAAUUCACGACCAGCACUGUAAGUAGCAAUACAUCAGCACAGCAGUGCCCAGACACAGCGUGGCUGUGAUUCGGGGAUGUUUGU